AUGUCUGCAGUCUCUGGAGUUAAGAGGCCAUUCGUGGAGGAACUUCCUCCAUCGCCUGUUGUUUCCAAGAGGCUCCGUUGUUCUCCUCCAGCCUUGCGGUCUCAUGAGUUUCACCCUCCCAUGACCGCCCUCGUUGAUCUGCUCCAGGGCCUGCUUUCUGACAAAGACGCCCAGCUUCACGAGAUAUCACUGCAAGAGCGUAAAGGUGAUUUAGACGCUGCCAUCAAGAUUCUGCAUGAUAUUCUGUUAGGGUCAUCUGCAUUAGCCACUGUUGAUGAAUCAAAUCCGAGUCACCAGAAGAAAGUUGCUUCUCCGGGAAACCCAUUGGCCCUCAUGAAGAACCGUCCCAAUGAGGGAGCCGAAUUCAUCGAGUUGCUUAUCAAGGAACUGACGAAUGCUAGAAGUGUGGAAGACGUCAAAGAUCGCGCCGCGAAAUUGCUUGGGAGUUCAGAGAAGACCGUCGUGAGUUCACAAUGUUAUGCCAUGGUAGAAAGUCUUGGAAAAGAGAAGUCGAUGUUGAAGGAGCAAGUUGAAAAGCUGAGGCAGGAGAAUACCGUUCUCAGACGCACAGUGGUUAUCCAGCACGAAUGGCGCCAGGAAGAAAACGGGGAUAAGGACAUGGAGUUGCAAUUUCUGAAGGAGUCGGUUCCUCAGUAUAGGGAGCAACUGAGAAAACUUGAGGUGAAGAACCAUGCAUUGACGAUGCAUUUGAAGGCGGCUCAGAGAAAAGACUGA